CAUUUGAUAACUGAUUUUUAUCGUUAUCGUCUGAGUUUGGUUGGACUUGAUUAAAAGAAGCUCAGUAAGACACUUAUUCAUAAAAAAUCACAAUUUUAUUCUUGGCUUCCUUUUAAAUAUUUCUGUUAUAAGUGUACAGUACAUUACAUUACAUACUGCAAGUGCUUCUGCUACUUUUAGGUUACUCUAAGGCUAACCAUACUAAACCAAAGAUCGUGUUCUUGCUUGAUUAUUUGUUAACAAAGAGAGUUCUAAGAUACGGUAAGAAGUAUGUCUAACUAUUUAAGUAACAACAAAUCAGCUUUGUUCUCAGUCGAAGACGAAGUUGAUGAUGAUGAGUUUUUGCGACAUCCACAAUCUGGAAGAUCUGGGUACAUGAUGGGUGAUGUCCAAAAUUCACAAACGAGUAACAUUGAUCAACUCCAUCAGCAACGCUUGGAAAAGCAAAAGGAAAUUCAAGCAAGAAUUGUUGAGACAUCACAGAGAUCAUUAUCAACGCUUUUAGCCACAGAAGAAAUUGGUGUAUCAACUGCAGAGGAAUUACUACGACAAAGGGAGCAAUUACAGAGAACUGAAAAACAUCUUGAUGACAUCAACAGUACACUUAGGUUCAGUCAAAAGCACAUUCAGGGUAUCAAGAGUGUUUUUGGAGGAUUGAAGAAUUAUCUUAGUGGGAAAAAUUCGAAUGCACCACAAGGAAGCAGAUCCAUACCUGAUUCACCUGUUUCAAAUUCUGAUUCAAAGCUGGUGGAAGCCGUAGAAAGUUCGAAGCCAUACGCUUCGUCUUCAUCCCAAAAUCAUCCUGCUCUGCGUGUGAGAGGCCUGACUGAUGAGUCUAGUGAACGCUUCAGUGCAGCUGAUCCGGAGAAGGCUCUGAACGAGAAUUUGAACCAUAUGGUUGAUUCCAUCUCUAGAUUAAAAGGUUUGGCCCAUGGUCUCGGUGAGGAGAUAGAGUCACAGAACGAACUGGUCGAGAACAUAAUAGACAAGACUGAGAAAGCUGAUAUAACUUUGAGACGACAAAACAAAGAUAUUGGAAGAAUACUCAAAAAAUAGUGUAAAAACUGAUCUUCAUUCCAUCGAUGUCUUCAGUAUCACGAAGUUGUAAUGUUAAAAGCCAAAGUGUUUCAAGUUAGUUAACAAAGAGUUAAAUAUUUUCUUAUGAACAGGUAAAUUAUGUUAUGUAAAGCAUUUGCUUUUGUAUUUUAAAUAUCCAAAAUUUCAAUUUUAUGUUCUCCUGUGAGAACUCAAGAGAAAAAUAAUUUCUUGUGUUGAAUUGUAAAUCAGUGUAAUGUGUAUGUGAUUAAUCGAUAGUGUUAUUAAAACAGGACAUAGUGUUUGUUGUAUUGCAAUUGAAAAUGUAUCUAAAUUAUGCAUGACUGCUUAAAAUUAUGUAAGUAAUCAAUAUAAUGUUAUUAAAUGGUUCUUAUUUGCAUGUAUCUUAUAUUACAUUCUCAUGAUUUAAAACUCUAUGGCUGUAUCCUCAUCUUAAAAAUAUUAUAGGCCUACUAAAAUGUUUACCCCUUAUUGAUGAGAUUAAGAUGAAAACACCGUUAGUUAGUAGGGAGUUUUUUUUUUUUAAACGCAACCUGAUUUGUUUAAGAUCUAAGUAUCCAAAUAAAUGGAUUAACAACAAAUUUUAUACAACCUAUUAUUUCAGUUUGAUUACAUUUAGCUUACGUUAAGUGUUCACUCAAUCCGCCGUUGACAUACAAACAAAGUUGUGCUCUUCUUUUUAUCUAUCAUAUUAAAAAAAGAAUUUUGCCCGUUUCUCCUAUGGAUCAGGGGUUCUGAAUUUGUUCAACAAGUCAAUAAAUAGUAGAUUUAUUGGGUAAUGGAAUACCACCUGUAAGCUUAAUUGAAAUCCUUUUCUGGCAUAAAACAAAUGACUUACAUCUUAAAUGUGUUCUCCUGCAUUACACAGUACUAGGGGUGUGCGAUGCAUCGAAAAUGCAUCGAAAUUUCGAUUCGAUUCGAUUCGAUGCAUCGAAUCGCGAUUCGAUUCAGUGGUGGUCAAAAAACGAUUCGAUUCACGAGGGAGUCAGUAUCCAUAUACGAAAAACGCCUGCAGAAAGUCAAUGCAAUACCCGCAAUACAGGAGCGCGUUGCUGUUGCGUUUCCUUUACGAAGGCGUUCUUAUUUAAUACAUUCUUUGCAUUAAAUAUAGCUUUAAUUGUUUUAUAUUUUUUUGUUUUGACAUUGCAAAUGAUUAGAGGUUUGUUUUUUGUCUUGAUGUAAGCAGUGUGUGAAAUAUUUUACUACUGUGAACCUAGCCAAAACAAGGUAGGUUACUCCAAAAUCAUUUUAAAAAUAAGUCUGAAAAAUUGUUACUUAAUACUUAACUAGUAAAAUUAAUGUUAUAGACUGAUUCAUUUGGUAUUUUUGUUAGGUGUCUGCCGGUCCCCGUCCCCGAAUUUUUGUUGGGGCAAAAGAAAAAAAAAAGAAUAAUUUAUUUCCAAAGAAACACUCUUAUAUUAUUAUAUCUAUUAUUACAGAGGAAUUAAAAUGUUCAAAUGAGAAUUAAAAAUUAAGUUGGCUCACGACCUUUAAGAAUAAAGAUACAACAGAGCAAUUGCGGCACUGCCACUAGCCAGAGCCAGGUCUAGUCGUCUACUGAUAAGAGUAACAAGACAAAAGCCGUGACGCAACACUAACAGUGCAAAGAAAACAAAGUCAAAAGAAUAGAAAGACUAUUUAUCCAGACAUACUAGUAUAAUCAUUUAUUGUUUAUUCAAUACCUAAUUAAAAAUAUAUUUUAUUAUUUUACAUAAUAAAUUAUAAACAAAAGAAAUAUCUGAUAUAGUGAACAGAUCUGUAUCUUGGUUAGAUGGGGUUAAAAAAAUAUAUUUCUAAGAUCCAAUACAAUAUUUACAACUCACAAAUUACAUUGAAUUAAUUUCUUUGAAAAUAAUCUCUAACAGUUUUGUGUUUUUGAAUAAAGAAAUAUAUUUCUUUGUCUCUACUCCCUUGUUUCAUCACUUGCAUUUUGUCAGCAAUUGAAGCAACUGGGUAGCAACCGGGUGGUGUAAGAGGGGAGGGGGAGGGUCUAUGACCUUGAAUUCACACAUCGUUGCCCGGGCCUGGCUGGUGAGACUGAUUCAUUGUUUUUGUUGACAUACUACUACCCUUCCUUAAGAGAAAAAGGCCCUGCUGUUCCAAAAACAUUGAGGGUAGUUUAAAAACAUUGACCUGUGUUGCCAAGGGCACUAGGCUAGAAGAUAGCAUUUAACUUUCUUGUCUCUUGAUUUAAUAUUAUUUUAAUCUUCUAUAUAUUAUUUAAGAGUUACUUUUCAGGUACCUAAUUAGUUGUGAUAUUGUUUGGCUUUAUUUUAUGGAUUUUUAAUUCUUUUCAUUCAUUAGCUAUCAAAAUCAGUUGUUUUAGGAUUUUAAUCUCUUGCAGUAGGUCUAUACUACUGUAUGACAUGAUAUGCAUUUUUUAGUCCUUAUUAAUUAUACCAUAAACAAUGUUUGUAUGUUAUUUACUGUUUUUGAGUUUUAUAGGAAAUUAGUUUACACAAUAUCUUUUCUUCAAUGAGUUCUCCACUUGACAUGUUGCUUCUAGCCUAUUACUAUUUUAGGCCCUAUAAAAAUAAUGCCUAGGUAAAGCUGUAGGCCUACUGAUGCCAAUAAUAAUUCUUUAUUUAUGAUGAUGUAACAAAUAAUGUAAGUGUGAGGUUAUUAUACUAAGGUGGUUAGGAGGCAGGGAAUGAAUGAUACAUAUUGCAUGGUGGAAACAUAUUAUUUUUAUUUUCUUCUUGCUUGCAGUCCUGAAGCCGGUCCACAGGCCCUAAACUUGUGAUAUGUAAAUUUAUUUCUUAAUGGUCUUUUUAUAUUAAGUUCCAUUCAAAUUUGUUGUAAUUUAGCUACCGGCACCUAUUUAGUUAUUUAAACAGUUAUUAAAAUGAGAAUGAAUGUCUUGAUAAAAAAAAUAUUUUCUUCUUUCUUGCAGUUGAGCCAAUUCAAGUAAAAAUUAUGAAAUAGGCAAGUAAAGCAGCUCACUGGUAUUUCCAGCAGUUAUUCUAAUACAUAUGAUUGAAAAUAAAUAUUUUUUCACCUAAAAUUCAUAUGUAAAGUAUGAAAUAGGCCUAAUACCACAUCAACAAAAAUUUGUAUUACACAAAUGUGAUACAUUUUAAUUAUUGUUAAUCCACUCAAUUGACAAUUAUGAAUAGAAAAAUACCGUAUUGCUUCGAAUCGAGUUGCAUCGAAUCGAAUCGAAAAUCUUUUGAAUCGAAUCGUUGCUUCGAAUCGAAAAUUUUUUGCUGCUUCGCACACCCCUACACAGUACACACCCUUUCAGCUUUCGAAAACACAAUUUUCUGUCUUAUUCACAAUAAAUUCCCAAUAACACUGAUCCUUGUAGACGACAAUGCAUACAAGCUGAUCAGUAUUUAAACUGAGGUAUGCCAAUGUCACCUGUUUCACCAGCUCUGUCGGAAUUGUGGGAUGCUUGAUUUCAUUUUUAACAGGCCGGCCAACCUAUGAGGUUGGGUUGUCUAAACAAUGACUCUGUACUGGUAAAUUGGGUUGUGUAAAAAAAGAACACCCUGCAUAUAGGCAUAAAAUAUAAAGGCAUUGGUUAUCCAAAGAUGUCAACAUCUAAAUAGUUUUAGUUUAUGCAAACCGUCCAUUAAAUGCUGAACUACUUUUUCUUUACAUGAAAAUAGGAUAUCUUUCCCAGUAUUUUGACUGAGCUUAAGUUGCAAUCCCAGUAUUCAUUUAGUGUGUGAGCUUUGAUAUGAGUCUCUAGGCGAAGGGAACAUUUAAAGCAGCUUUCAAUACAAAUACCUCCGCCGCAGCAAACCUGCAGACUAAGCGAAUUUCCAUUUACCAGGCUGGAAUUUUACUAAAAUAUGUCUUGAAAAUUGUCAGAUUUAUUUCCUAUCUAAAUAACAUUAUUUUAGUGAGUACUUUGCUGCUACAGGGAAGAUAUUGAGGUGUAUUUUUUUAUUGAAUGUUGAUAGCUUAGUAUGAAACAAACAACAUUUCCAAAUUUGGCAACAGUUUAUUUAUUCUCCAUAAGAAUAACAUGGGAAUUUUAAAUUUACAUUUUUCAAAUUAACUCCAUAAACGGUUGGGCAUACAACAAUGCUUUGUACAAAAUUGUUUCUUUUUUUAAGCUCUACAAAAUAGUUUGGAGAGAAAUUAUGAAAAUUCGUGUUUGUAGGGGAAAAAAUAGGAAAAAUCAAUUUUUAACCAUUUAACCCCUGUUCCCAUAGUCCGAUUAUGCUGGUUAGCAAACUCAUUCGAAUAAACGUAAGUUUACACAUUUGUACCAAAUUUUAUCAAAAAACAGAUCAUUUUUGCUCAUGUUAUCGCGCUAACAGACGUGUAUAUAUAUGUAUAUGAAUUUGAACGGAUGGUGUUUUUGGCAUCUGGGGACCUCAAAACGAAAAAGUAAAUCGGUCCUGGGCUUAGGUAUUACCACGAGACCUACGGUAAUAGUUUAUUCGCUAUAUGGGAAAUUCGCUAAAAAGCUUGAUGAUACAUUGUUUUUUGUCCUAGGACACUAGGCACGAGCCUGGGAUUGUUUUUCACAUUACUUCAGGCUAGACCUAGGGGUUGCGGCAUUAUCACUUGGAUAAAAUUCAUUGGUGACUAGGCGGGGAUCGAACCCGGGACCUCAGGGUUAAAGUCCCACGCUCAAACCACUACGCCAGCUCACUCCCCACAUAGACUUAAGUUAGAUGUUAAUGAUUAAUGUGUGAUUUGUGUUCCAUAAACUACAACCAUCGAAGUGGUUUAUAUUGAGCUCAUUAUUUAAGCUUAUGGUAUUGAUAAUUACUGAAAUAAUUUUUAUUUUUGUUAAAAAAAUGUAUACUUUUUUUUGAUUUUGGUGAAAACCGUCAAUUCAGCUUGCAAUUGAUAGUUAAGGAGAUCACUUCUUUGUCAUUGAAAGUAAACAUUCCUAUGAAGUGCCAUAGUAGUUGAACUUUCCCAAUGUCUGUCCUGUUGUAAUUUAGCACAUUCCAGAAUGGACCACCUAAAUCACUUGCCAAACUUAAUUGAAUGAAUUACUUGAUCAAAUGUAUCUUUAUUUACGGAUGGCACAUUUCCCCUUGAUAUUUCUGCAAAAGUAAAAAAAAAAUUUAAUAAAAUUGAGUUACGCGAUUUAUAGGCCUACUUACGAGACAUAAUUAUAUAGAAUGGUUCUCGUUAUUUGAGAGGAAGUUUGGAUU